AUGUUUGCAAAAUUAGAACCACUAGCAUCUCAUAUUCAUAAAGUUUCACAACAACUUUACAUUCCUGCUUCGAAUCUUGCUAUAGAUGAAAUGAUUGUAUGCUUCUCAGGGAGAAGCGCUCAUACUUUUCGAAUUAAAAACAAGCCAACACCUGAAGAUUAUCGAAUUUUAUCAUUAUGCGAGUCUGGAUACACUUAUUCAUUUAUGUUUACAUCAAGAAUAGAAUCUUCACAUGUUGAUCUGAUUUCUAAUAUUAAUAAAACGGGUUUAGAAGUACCAGUUACUAUACUUACAACAAUUCAUGUAAUUGAAGGAGAAGAUAGUGGAAUUAAAAGAGACUGGAGGUGA